AUGUAUCUCAGGAGUGCUUUCAAGAAAUGUACCAGAUUUUAUUCUGCAGCUGUCCCACUUCUAAAAAACUCAAAUGGAAUUGGAUUUGAUGUGGCUGCUUUGCGUGAUAGUGGAAGGAUUAUCAAGGCAUUGUCAAAUGAUAAAUCUACUACUAUAACAUUUGUGAGUGAUGAUUUGCCAGACGGUAAACCAUACACUGUUGCCUUCAAUAAUCUGUUCCUGAGAGAUUCCUCAAGAUCGCCAAAAUCCGUGGAUCCAACUACAGGUCAAAAAUUACUUACUACAAGUCAGUUAUCCCGUAAUCCACUGUCUACCACUCCCAUAAGUGUGCAAGUGACACCGGAGGGUAAGUUUGUUAGUAUCAAAUGGGAAGAUGGCGAUAGCUACAAUUAUCCAUUGGAGUUUAUCUAUAAAUUUAAAGGCUCUUCUUUUGUCACCGAAUCGAUGAGAAUCACCUCACCUAACCCAAAGACUUUGUUUUGGGACGAGGAGACCUUGAACAACCAUAGGGAUGAAGUAAUGGGGACAGAUUAUGAGGCAUAUACGCACGAUGAUAACCAUUUAUAUCAGUUGCUAAGGACUUUACAAAAAUUUGGCAUAGUCUUUAUCAAUGGUGUUCCUCAGGGCGAUCAUGGUGCUAUUAAAAAAAUCGCAGAGAGAAUUGGCCCCAUCAGGAAUACAUUUUAUGGUGAAACUUUUGAUGUGAAAGGUGCCAAUAAUGAGACCCCCAACAUAGCUUAUUCAAAUCUAGCACUGCCGCUUCACAUGGAUCUACUAUACAUGGAAAAUGUGCCAGAAUACCAACUGCUACACACAAUCAACAACCCAAAGGAGGGAUCUGGUGGAGUUAACGUAUUUGUCGAUGGAUUUAGAGCUGCAAAUGAAGUUCGUGAAUUGGAUACUAUAUCUUACCAGGCGCUGCAAAACGUGCCUAUCAAUUACCAUUACAGUAGAGGUGAUAAGAGAUAUUAUCAAUCAAAACCUAUGAUCGAACACCACGAGUCACACAAGGGGAACACUCUGGAUGAUUACUUUGACGGUUUGAUAAAAGCCGUUAAUUAUUCACCGCCAUUUCAGGCGCCUUUUACCUUUGGUAUCCACGCCAAAUCUCCAGAAUCUGACGCUUGCAAAAGUAAAUUAGCUGAAAGGCACAUGUUCAACGAUUUUACAAACGGUCUCGAGCUUUUUGAGGACUGUAUAACUGAUAAGAGCAAUCAGUUUGAAAUUAAGUUGCCGCCCAACAGUUGCGUAAUCUUAGACAACAGGAGAGUCUUACACGCGAGAAGUGCUUACUCUAGCGAUUCUAGGUGGAUCAAGGGCUGCUACAUGGAUAAAGAUACGAUUAUAAGUAGAUUGAAUUAUUUACGUGAGAAGUUUUUAUAA